AUGGCACCAAUUCAUGUGCAGGACGAGCUCAUCGAUGAUUCGAGCAGUGAGAUACCAGUUAUUGGUCUGAAGGGUUCACUAAGCCUCAAGGACCGCUUCAUAUCUCGACUUGGCCGCCUUCUGAAUGCAGAAGUUGUUGCGCCUGAAGUAGAAGGCUCGCAAACAGUCAGCAUAUAUGUCAUGCCUUCAGCUUGUUUCGUAAAGAGAGAUACGGUGUACGAUAAACGGGUUCGAGGCUUCGUUAACGAUAUCCAGCGCGCGCUGAGGGACGUAGCCAACGCUACUGAUGGACCUCCAAUGGAUCAGGCAUUACAAGACCAAUGGGAUGUGGUACUCCUCUAUGUGGCUCAAAACACCGACGAGACCAUAAAGAAGCUUUACCAAAUUUUUGAAGAUUACAACAACAAAUUUGGCGCAUUGGUUUCUCAGAUGCUGGGUCUCGAUGAUAUUGACGAGAGCGGAUCUUUGCUGGACACAGAGUUGGGUGAUCUUGUUAUCCAGUUACAUCAACUGGCUCAAGGGUACGGCGGCAGCAUCAAAGAACAGAACGACUUGAUCGAAUUCGCGUGGAAGCUGCCCCAUUGUUGUCCCGCUCUGGCACUCGGGCAACCUUUGCGUAUGCACCACACCAUGAUACGGGCCGCGACUACGUUCGAGAUAUUCCGAACUGUCAAAGUCUACCUGGGAUCACCGCGUCCCCAUUGCCGUCUGGCCGUCAACUUACCGGCAAAAUGCUCUCUCACAAAGCAACACCAACCACAGUCUCUUCAACGUUACCAAAGUACUCUCUCAACAUUCAACCAGGCCCAACCAACCAGGACUUUCGCGGACAUCAUUCGACCCUAUCUUGCGGAAGAAGACUCUAGACUAGGUAUUGCAAGGCUCCAGCCUGCGCAGAAGCAAGCUGUCGCCCUCUUGAUAGGAUCGAUUUUGAGUGAUGUGCCGGUACCCGCAGGAUCCGAAGCGUACUACCAGUUCGGUUUCGUGACCUGUCGCAACGAUUUCGACGAGCGGAAGUUGAGUUGCUACUACCAAAAAUUUCUAGAGUCAACCCUUGAUCCGACUGUUGUCUUCAAGAGCGUUGUCAAGGCCCUUGAAUUUGGGACGCUGACUGGGCUGUUACGCAACAAAGGCCACCAAGAUCUGGAAAUGUCCUUUCCAUCACUGCAGAAGUUUUUGAACAACCCUCUUGAGGAGCGUCCCUCCAUUCAUCGCCUUGUACAGUUCAUACGCAACAAGUCUAGCGAUGAGCCUGUGCCUUGCCUUAGACGAGACUACGGCUUCAGAUUCUGCACUCAACGUGAGCAUGUCACGGCUCUCAAAGCUCUAUACUCCAUGAUCCUGGACAGAGCGGAGGCCGUAAAACUACAUGAUGCAUGUCGAUCUGGUUGGCUUCGGGAGUUCGCCGUCGAAGUUCUUGGACAUGUCGACCCAACUAUGCGCCGUUUCUUGCAAAACGACUACCCACAUCCUGCCAUUGGCUUUGACAACUCGACAGGAAUUGAAAACUACAUGAAACCGCUGUUCAAGAGGAAUCUCGGGGCCGAUCCUGAUCUGUUUGGCCUCGAUCACCUUAGCGCUCGUUAUUCUCAUUGA